CUUGUGCGCGUCUGCCGCGGUCUCCUUUCUUUUUUCUUUUGGCUUUUCUUUUUAUCCUUCUGCUUGCUUGUUUAAGUUUUAUUUUUCAAUUUGUUUCUAUAGUUUUACACUCAUAAACUUUCACUCAACAUAUAAGCAGUACUUAGUAAAGUGCAAAAAGUUCGCGUAGCUACCACCGCAACUUGGUUUUAAAUUGAAUUGUUUUCUUAUUUCUUCCUAUUUCAGCUGCAGACACACACGCACGCGCGCACACACCAUUUAAUUCCAUUUGAUUCCAUUGAGGCUAUUCAAAAGCUAGAAAAUGGGCAAGGACUAUUACGCGAUUUUGGCGGUGUCCAAGGACGCCAGCGAGGACGAGAUCAAAAAGGCAUACCGCAAGCUGGCGCUCAAGUGGCACCCUGACAGGCACCAGGACGAUAAGGCAACGGCAGACGGCAAAUUCAAGGAGAUUUCCGAGGCGUACGAGGUUCUGUCGGACAAGAGCAAGCGGCAAAUAUACGACCAGUUUGGCGAGGAGGGCCUGAAGGGCGGCGGUGCCCCGGUGGCGGCGGUCCCCCUGGCGGCGGCAGCGGCGGAUUCCCUGGUGGCGGCAGCUUUUCGGUUCCAUCCGUCGAACCCAGAGGACAUCUUUGCGCAGCUGUUUGGCGGCAUGGGCGGCAUGGGCGGCGGCCACGGCGGCAUGGGCGGCGGCCACGGCGGCGGCUCGCAGUUCAUGGACGUCGACGGCGGCCUGGGCGGCAUGUUCGGAGGCGGCGGCGGCGGCGGAAUGCCGCAGCGCAUGCAGUCCAGCAGCGCCAGGCGGCCGCAGGAGGUGACGCGGAAGCUGGCGGUGUCGCUCGAAGACCUGUACAAGGGCUGCACCAAGAAGCUCAAGGUCACGCGGCGCGUGCGCGGCGGCGACGGCGUCGUCAGGACCACCGAGAAGGUGCUGCAGGUCGACAUCAAGCCCGGAUGGAAGGCCGGGACCAAGGUGCGGUUCCAGAAGGAGGGCGACGACAUGGGCGGCGGCGCGCAGGACCUCGUGUUUGUCGUCGAGCAGAAGCCGCACCCGCUGUUCAAGCGCGAGGGCGACGACCUGAAGAUCGAGAUGACGCUGACGCUGGACGAGGCGCUGUGCGGAUUCAAGAAGCCGCUGCAGCUGCUGAGCGGCAAGAGCAUCUUUCCCGGCCAGGCCAGCCGCAUGCCCAAGUACGGCAUGCCCAUCUCCAAGAGCCCCGGAAGCUUCGGCGCGCUGGUCAUCACAUACAAGGUCCAGUUCCCGGAAUCGCUCACGCUGAGCCAAAAGGAGAAGAUCCACGAGGCGCUGACCGAGCAUUAA